AGAUGCUGGCAUCUCCUCUCUGGAUUGUCAUUGCCUGCUUUCACAUCAGGCUCAGCCCCUACACCGUGAGCUCCCAGAGGGAAGAGGGGGAUCUCUUACCUGUCUCCACCCCCUGGGCCUGGCAGGUGGUAAAUGCUGCUGAAGAGAUGAGGAAAGGGCCUAGAGAGUUGCAGCGCAGCGUCCUGCCUGCAGAGGGGGUGAGAGGCUGCACUGCACCCGUCUGCCUGAAGCCCACGGACAGAGCCUUAGUUCUUUUGGAGAUGGCCAAGAAAAGGGGAAGGAAGGGUCUGGCUUUGCUGCCCAUGCUGGAGUGUGGUGGCGUGAUCAUAACUCACUGCAACCUCUGCUCUGCCUCCCAGUCUCGAGUGAUCCUCCUGCUUCAGCCUCCUAAGUAGCUGGGACUACAGAUGUGGAUGAGUGUGCCCAAGGGCUAGAUGACUGCCAUGCCAACGCCCUGUGUCAGAACACACCCACCUCCUACAAGUGCUCCUGCAAGCCUGGCUACCAAGGGGAAGGCAGGGAGUGUGAGGACAUCGAUGAAUGUGGAAAUGAGCUCAAUGGAGGCUGUGUCCAUGACUGUUUGAAUAUUCCAGGCAAUUAUCGUUGCACUUGUUUUGAUGGCUUCAUGUUGGCUCAUGAUGGUCAUAAUUGUCUUGAUGUGGAUGAAUGCCUGGAGAACAAUGGCGGCUGCCAGCACACCUGUGUCAACGUCAUGGGGAGCUAUGAGUGCUGCUGCAAGGAGGGGUUUUUCCUGAGUGACAAUCAACACACCUGCAUUCACCGUUCAGAAGAGGGCCUGAGCUGCAUGAAUAAGGAUCACGGCUGUAGUCACAUCUGCAAGGAGGCCCCAAGGGGCAGUGUCGCCUGUGAGUGCAGGCCUGGUUUUGAGCUGGCCAAGAACCAGAGAGACUGCAUUUUGACCUGUAACCAUGGGAACGGUGGGUGCCAGCACUCCUGUGAAGAUACAGCUGACGGCCCAGAGUGCAGCUGCCAUCCACAGUACAAGAUGCACACAGAUGGGAGGAGCUGCCUUGAGCGAGAGGACACUGUCCUGGAGGUGACAGAGAGCAAUGCCACAUCAGUGGUGGAUGGGGAUAAACGGGUGAAGCGGCGGCUGCUCAUGGAAACGUGUGCUGUCAACAACGGAGGCUGUGACCGCACCUGUAAGGAUACUUCGACAGGUGUCCACUGUAGUUGUCCUGUUGGAUUCACUCUCCAGUUGGAUGGGAAGACGUGUAAAGAUAUUGAUGAGUGCCAGACCCGCAAUGGAGGUUGUGAUCAUUUCUGCAAAAACACCGUGGGCAGUUUUGACUGCAGCUGCAAGAAAGGAUUUAAAUUAUUAACAAAUGAGAAGUCUUGCCAAGAUAUGGAUGAGUGCUCUUUGGAUAGGACCUGUGACCACAGCUGCAUCAACCACCCUGGCACAUUUGCUUGUGCUUGCAACCAAGGGUACACCCUGUAUGGCUUCACCCACUGUGGAGACACCAAUGAGUGCAGCGUCAACAACGGAGGCUGUCAGCAGGUCUGUGUGAACACAGUGGGCAGCUACGAAUGCCAGUGCCACCCUGGGUACAAGCUCCACUGGAAUAAAAAAGACUGUGUGGAAGUGAAGGGGCUCCUGCCCACAAGUGUGUCACCCCGUGUGUCCCUGCACUGUGGUAAGAGUGGUGGAGGAGACGGGUGCUUCCUCAGAUGUCAUUCUGGCAUUCACCUCUCUUCAGGACUGCAAGGGGCCUACUCUGUCACCUGUGGCUCUUCCUCUCCUCUCAGGAGCAAACAACAAAAAUCAAAUGACUCUGCUUUUGGGGAUGUCGACACCGUCAGGACAAGUGUAACCUUUAAGCUAAAUGAAGGCAAGUGUAGUUUGAAAAAGGCUGAGCUGUUUCCCGAGGGUCUGCGACCAGCACUACCAGAGAAGCACAGCUCAGUAAAAGAGAGCUUCCGCUACGUAAACCUUACAUGCAGCUCUGGCAAGCAAGUCCCAGGAGCCCCUGGCCGACCAAGCGCCUCUAAGGAAAUGUUUAUCACUGUUCAGUUUGAGCUUGAAACUAACCAAAAGGAGGUGACAGCUUCUUGUGACCUGAGCUGCAUUGUAAAGCGAACCGAGAAGCGGCUCCGGAAAGCCAUCCGCACGCUCAGAAAGGCUGUCCACAGGGAGCAGUUUCACCUCCAGCUCUCAGGCAUGAACCUCGACGUGGCUAAAAAGCCUCCCAGAACAUCUGAACGCCAGGCAGAGUCCUGUGGAGUGGGCCAGGGUCAUGGAGAAAACCAGUGUGUCAGUUGCAGGGCUGGGACCUAUUAUGAUGGAGCACAAGAACGCUGCAUUUUAUGUCCAAACGGAACCUUCCAAAAUGAGGAAGGACAAAUUACUUGUGAACCAUGCCCAAGACCAGGAAAUUCUGGGGCCCUGAAGACCCCAGAAUCUUGGAAUGUGUCUGAAUGUGGAGGUCUGUGUCAACCUGGUGAAUAUUCUGCAGAUGGCUUUGCACCUUGCCAGCUCUGUGCCCUAGGCACGUUCCAGCCUGAAGCUGGCCGAACUUCCUGCUUCCCCUGUGGAGGAGGCCUUCCCACCAAACAUCAGGGAGCUACUUCCUUUCAGGACUGUGAAACCAGAGUUCAAUGUUCACCUGGACAUUUCUACAACACCACCACUCACCGAUGUAUUCGUUGCCCAGCGGGAACAUACCAGCCUGAAUUUGGAAAAGAUAAUUGUGUUUCUUGCCCAGGAAAUACUACGACUGACUUUGAUGGCUCCACAAACAUAACCCAGUGUAAAAACAGAAGAUGUGGAGGGGAGCUGGGAGAUUUCACUGGAUACAUUGAAUCCCCAAACUACCCAGGCAAUUACCCAGCCAACACCGAGUGUACGUGGACCAUCAACCCACCCCCCAAGCGCCGCAUCCUGAUCGUGGUUCCUGAGAUCUUCCUGCCCAUAGAGGACGACUGUGGAGACUAUCUGGUGAUGCGGAAAACCUCUUCAUCCAAUUCUGUGACAACAUAUGAAACCUGCCAGACCUACGAACGCCCCAUUGCCUUCACCUCCAGGUCAAAGAAGCUGUGGAUUCAGUUUAAAUCCAAUGAAGGGAACAGUGCUAGAGGGUUCCAGGUCCCAUAUGUGACGUAUGAUGAGGACUACCAGGAACUCAUUGAAGACAUAGUUCGAGAUGGUAGGCUCUAUGCAUCUGAGAACCAUCAGGAAAUACUUAAGGAUAAGAAACUUAUCAAGGCUCUGUUUGAUGUCCUGGCCCAUCCCCAGAACUAUUUCAAGUACACAGCCCAGGAGUCCCGAGAGAUGUUUCCAAGAUCUUUCAUCCGAUUGCUACGUUCCAAAGUGUCCAGGUUUUUGAGGCCUUACAAAUGACUCCGCCCACAUGCCACUCAGUACAAAUGUUCUGCUAUAGGGUUGAUGGGACAGAGCUAUCUUCCUUCUGCAUGUCAGCACAGUCGGAUAUUGCUGCCUCCAGUAUCAGUGACUCAUUAGAGUUCAAUUUUUAUAGAUAAUACAGAUAUUUUGGUAAAUUGAACUUGGUUUUUCUUUCUCAGCAUCGUGGAUGUAGACUGAGAAUGGCUUUGAGUGGCAUCAGCUUCUCACUGCUGUGGGCGGAUAUCUUGGAUACAUCAAGGGCUGGCUGAGCUGGACUUUGGUCAGCCUAGGUGAGACUCACCUGUCCUUCUGGGGUCUCACUCCUCCUCAAGGAGUUUGUAGUGGAAAGGAGGCCACAGAAUAGGAUGCUUAUUCUGAAACUUCAGCUUCCUCUAGCCCAGCGCUCUCUAAGGGAGCCCUCUGCACUCGUGUGCAGGCUCUGAUCAGGCAGAACAGGCAAGAGGGGAGGGAAGGAGACCCCUGCAGGCUCCCUCCACCCACCUUGAGACCUGGGAGGACUCGGUUUCUCCACAGCCUUCUCCAGCCUGUGUGAUACAAGUUUGAUCCCAGGAGCUUGAGUUCUAAGCAGUGAUCAUGAAAAAAAAAAACAACAAAACUUAAAGCAGAAAGAAUUAGAAAUAAAUAGAUAAAAACUAAGCACUUCUGGAGACAUAA